CUAUCUGUGACGUCUUGAUCUAUAAUUCUCAGAAUACUCCGCACCAUACCAAACAUUCCUUCAGCAUAUCAAAGCUGGCACCGCAAACAUGUCGAUCACUCACACUGUACUCUUUCAGUUCAAAGACAAUGUCGACCAAAAGGAUAUAACAAAGACAUGCGAUGAUUUCCUUCAACUGAAAGAUCUGUGUAUCCAUCCUACAAGAAAAAAGCCGUACAUUAUAUCACUACUAGGCGGAAAGGAUAAUUCGCCAGAGGGAAUGCAGAAUGGGAUAACCCAUGGAUUCGUUGCAACCUUCGAGUCAGCAGAAGACCGUGACUACUACGUCAAGACUGACCCAGCUCACCAGGCCUUCAUAGCUAAGGUCGGCAGUGUUGUCGAGAAAGCCAUUGUGGUUGAUUUUAUGAAUGGCGUCUACUGAGUCAAACGACGUACCCACUGCUGAAACAGAACCCUUUUUCACCAUCAAAUUCCAAAUAAAAGUCAAUUGGAUGCAGUCUAUUUUCUACCGAAUAACAACAAAAAAACAGAAUCGAGGUAUUCCAGCCAAAAACAGUUUGCAACAAAGGAAACAACGAAACAGCGUGAGCCCAUCAACAAUAACAACAUAUGUCCAUAACCUAUGCAUACCUUCCACAGGCAUCAUCCAGGUGAACUCGCUACAUGCUUCCUGUCCAAAUUUAGGACGAUGCCAGCCCGCCACUCACUUUUCGUGAAAUAUUUUACCUGUGUGACGAUGUCAUUUAUUGUCUGUUGUAAGGAUCGUAUGAUCCGCUAGAUCCGCUAGAAGGCGGAUAAUAAGGCUGAGCGUGAGGAGGAUAGUUUCGGUUCGAGCUACUUUGGGAAUAGGGAGGAUAAGGCGGCACACGGUUCGAAGUCUGAGUGGGAUAAUACUGGACAGGAGCCGUCUGUACCGAAUAUUGUUCACAGUUGACGGGAAGUCUUCGAUAGGCUAUGCUAGCACUCGAAUGGCCGGGGGCUGGAGAAGCGGUUGGAGGUGCAUUGCGUUGCCUUCUUCUUGAGCGAAGGUUGGACGUUUCUAGUGAUUGAGCGCGCUUGAGCCUGGAACGAGUCAAGGUAUCCGCAGGGUUUGAGACUCUGAUCGGAAAAGAAAACACUAAAUGAACGAAGGUCAAACUGUUAGUUGACCUCAAACAAACCAGGUUGCCACUCCUGGGUUUUGGGCUACUCACCCCCAUUGAUGAAGCUUUCAAUAAAAGUUGAAGAAAUUCUCCACCC